AUACUCCUAAUUAUUAUGUUUCUCAAAGGUGUGACUGAAAAAGUUGAUUAUUUCAAAAGCAUCAACGUUGGAGCUAUUUGGUUAUCUCCUAUAUUUAAAUCUCCACAAGACGAUUUCGGUUAUGAUAUAUCGAACUACAAAAUGAUCGAUCCGUUGUUCGGCACGAUGGCAGACUUUGACCGUUUGAGAGAUGCAUUCCACAAUAACGGGAUAAAAGUAAUAUUAGACUUUGUGCCGAACCACACCAGCGACGAACACCCGUGGUUCACGAAAUCUGUCGACAGAAUGGAACCGUACACGAACUAUUACGUGUGGAAAGACGCGAAAUACGAUAAAGACGGCAACAGAAUUCCUCCGAACAACUGGGUGCGUAAGGAAAAAGUGGGGCCUGCUUGGGAAUGGAACGAAAAACGUCAGCAGUACUACUAUCACGCGUUCCAAGUGAAACAGCCCGACUUGAACUACAGGAACCCAAUGGUCGUGGAGGAAAUCAAGAACACCAUACUCUACUGGCUGGGACGUGGCGUGGACGGGUUCAGAUUUGACGCCGUCAACUAUCUGUACGAGAGAGAAGACCUAGAGGACGAACAGAAAUCGAACUACCCCGGUGCUUACGACACCGAUUACAGCAGUCUGAUCCAUACGAACACGCUCGACCAACCGGAAACUUACCAAAUGGUCCACUUGUGGCGGGAACUCUUCGAGGAGUACUCCAUCUCCGAGAAAACACCCAACUUCUUCAUGGUCGAAUGCUAUUCGCCGCUGAACUACACCAUGCUGUACUACGGCAACACGACCCAUCCCGGUGCUCAUUUCCCGUUCAACUUUUUGUUCAUCAACUCGUUCAAUAAACAAUCCGACGCGAAUCAGGUGUACGACAUGAUCAAAUCGUGGAUGUUGAACAUGCCCGAAGGGAAGUGGGCCAAUUGGGUGCUCGGGAACCACGACAACUCCAGGGUCGGUUCCAGGACGCACCCGUUGUUGGUCGACGGUCUGCACAUGAUGCAAUUGCUGUUGCCGGGCACGCCGAUCACGUACUACGCCGACGAGCUCGGUGUCGGGGACACGUACGUCCGAUGGAAUCAGACCGUGGACCCGGCCGGUGUUAACGUGGGCCCCUUCCGGUACACACAGUUCAGCAGAGACCCCGCGCGCAGCCCUUUCCCCUGGGACGAUUCGCGCAACGCAGGUUUCACUAACGCGUCGAAAACUUGGCUGCCCGUCAACCCAGAAUAUUGGCACGAGAACAUGGUGGAGCUGUCCAAGCACAAGAGCCACCUGAGAACGUACAGACAGCUGUCGCGUCUGAGACAGAUCCCGACGAUUGUCAAAGGAGAUUUGCACGUAUACUUGCUAUCGAAAUGGGUGUUCGGUUUCUCGAGGUACAUUUCUACCUUCUAAACACUUCUACAUUAA